AUGUUGCUAACAUUCGAGGCACGCUGGAGGGAAUAUGCCAGAGACUUUGUGGAGGCGCCACUGUUCUCUCAUCUCAUUUUGGUGCUCAUCAUUUUCAACGUGAUUCUGCUGGGAGUGGAAGUGGACGUUUCCUCCCAUGUGGGGCUCUCAGACGUGCCCAGCUGGAUGCAGACGGCGAACACUGCCAUCGUUGGGGUCUUCCUGCUGGAGCUGCUCUUGAAGUUCAUCGCCUUGGGCUGCACCGAGUUCUGGUGCGCCAAAGAUUCUUCGUGGAACCUCUUCGACUUUGUGAUUAUCGCCAUCUCGGUGGCAGACGUUGCUUUGGACAUCUUAGCAACGUCUUUGACCCCGGAUGUGAACACCGGGCACCUGCGGCUGAUUCGCUCCAUCCGCUUGGCACGUGCCCUGCGGAGCAUGCGUAGCUGGCAGUACAUUGGUGGCCUUCGGACCUUGGCCUUGUCCAUCGUGAGCACCUUGGGCUCACUCUUCUGGACUUUGAUGUUGCUGCUCAUCAUCUUCUAUAGCUUUGGCGUUGUUUUGACGCAGAUGGUCGUGGAGCAUUGCCGUUACAUGAACAUCGAAGUCACCGGCGACAACAACGCCAUCCCGGUUUGUCCUGAUGACCUCAAGAAAUACUGGAGCAGCGUGCCCACCAGUAUGUUGACGCUCUUCAUGUCCAUCACCGGAGGUCUCGACUGGGAGGCACCUGUGCGACCCCUGUGGGGUGUCUCCAGAUUGGCGGUGGUCUUAGUCCUGAUUUUCGUGGCCAUCACUGUCUUCGCGAUUUUGAAUGCCGUGACCGGUGUGUUUUGCAACACGGCCAUUGAGAGCGCAGCCUCCGACAAGGAGGUUGCGAGCAUGAGGCAAGUGCAAUCCAAAGCCAAGCAGGUGGACACCCUGCGAGGCAUCUUCCAGGAACUGGAUCGUGGAAAGACCAACGAACUCUCCAUCGAGGAUAUUCAUCAAGGGAUCGAAGAAGGCGAGCUGUCCAACUUCUUGGAAUCCAUUGGCAUUUCUACCGGUGAUGUUUGGACGCUCUUCAUGUUGCUCGACUCUGACCAACAAGGGUGUAUUGACCUCGAGGAGUUCGUGAAUGGAUGCAUGCAACUACAUGGGCCUGCAAAGAGAGCAUGCAGAUGGCCAAGAUGA